AUGAAGCUCCAAGCUCCUUGGGGUCUAGUUCUUGUGCCGACCACUGUAGGAUUGCCUUGUGCCUUGUUGGUGACUGGGGCAGCUUAUUGCCGGUCCAGUCUGAAUGCAUGUGCUUUUACAGGUUGGGGUCCUUCACAAUUGAAGGGAUUCGCCUCGUUUAGGGCCCCGAGACGCGGUUUGGCACCUUCAUUUGCUUCAGCGAAAGAGGAGACGGCACACAUCCUCUCCAUUGCCACGGAGUAUCGGCAAGAGGCUGUAAUCCUUCAGCGAAGCGCCAAACUGCUGGGCUACAAGUUUCAGUUCUGCGGCUUCCGCGAAAAGUGGGUCGGCUGGGGCACAAAGCUUGUCCAAUAUCGCAAGGCGCUACGACUGGGCUUGGCCAAGGGUCAAAUUGCAGCGAGCGACCCGGUUCUCUUGAUCGACGGCUGGGAUUGUGUCUUGGUGGGCCCUGCAUCAGAGUUCAUCGAGAAGCUCUCCAUGGCGCCCUUCACAGAUGGUCCACAACCAUGGUAUGCAGGUGAGCGGAUCUGCGGCCCUGACUUCUUUAAGGCGAACCGCAUCGAUGCGGUCUAUCCGGACCCAGGGACUCCCUGGAGAUAUCCCAAUGCAGGCUGCAUGACUGGCAGGGCGGAGCCUGUCCUGAAGCUCAUUGAAGAUUUGCUGGAUGGCGCAGGUGAUGGCGACACAUUUCCGGAAGACGGCGAUGAUCAGGGUCGACUCCAUGAGCAUCUCUUAGAGCUGGGUGAGAAUGGCCAAGAGCUGCCAUACUUCGUUGAUUCAGCGUGUCGCAUUUUUCAGUGUCUCUACGAAGCAGAGCCUCAGUGGCACCUCGAAUCUCCAUCUCCAACGGAGCUCCUGCCGCGCUUGCGAAAUCUGCAGACCGGGCAGCGUCCGAUUGUGUUGCAUGGCAAUGGCCAUACCGGACGCUGGUUCAUGUGCAACCUCUGGAGAGAAAUGGACUUCUUGCGAAGGGUGGGCCUGACUCCAUCCGAGCUGGCGCACUUGCCGCACGACGGACCGGUGGCACCGGGCACGGUGCCGGAUGAGGACGGAUCGAUGUGUCGCUAA